AUGGCCCAAGGCUGGGACACAGGGAUGACGUCGGGCAGCCGAUCACGGAGCUCCAGCAGUGAGGCCAGCCUGGCUCCCCAUUGCCUUCUCAGCAAGCAGAGCCGGCUGGUCAAUGGGGUCACCCGGAGUUGCCGCACUGCCUCCCCCAUGGGCCGUGUCAUCCUCAUCAACACCCCCAUUGAAGCUAGCAGCAAUGAGAGCGACAUCAUCAAUGCCAUCACAGUGGAGAAGAGUGCGGAUGGCAAGCUGGGCUUCAGCGUCCGUGGGGGCUCUGAGCAUGGGCUGGGCAUCUUUGUCAGCAAGGUGGAGGAAGGCAGCGCUGCUGAGCAAGCCGGGCUGUGUGUUGGUGACAAGAUCACGGAAGUGAACAGCGUAAGCCUCGAGAACAUCACCAUGAGCAGUGCUGUCAAGGUCCUCACCGGCAACAACCGCCUCCGCAUGGUGGUCCGGCGGAUGGGCCGUGUGCCAGGCAUCAAGUUCUCCAAGGAGAAGACGGCAUGGGUGGAUGUGGUGAACAGGCGCCUGGUGGUGGAGAAAAGCGGCUCGACGCCAUCAGAAAGCGGCUCUGAGGAUGGGUUGCGGCGCAUUGUCCACCUCUACACCACCUCUGAUGACUACUGCCUGGGCUUCAACAUCCGUGGCGGCAGGGAGUUCGGCCUCGGCAUUUAUGUCUCCAAGGUGGAUCCCGGGGGUCUGGCGGAGCAAAAUGGCAUUCGGGUGGGAGACCAAGUCCUUGCAGCCAACGGAGUCAAGUUUGAAGACAUAAGCCAUAGCAAGGCAGUGGAGGUGCUCAAGGGACAGACCCACAUCAUGCUAACCAUCAAGGAGACGGGACGGUUCCCUGCCUACAAGGAGUUGGUGGCAGAGUACUGCUGGCUCAGUCACUUGACCAAUGGACAGCUGCAGCAGCUGUCUCAGACCUCAGAAACCAGCUCCUCCAUCUCCUCCUACUCCUCGGGGCCAGCGCCAGGGACAGUGAACGGGCUGGGGACGGCCACCCCAGUGUCCCCUGCCCGCACUGUGGAUGUGGCCAUCUCCACGGAGGAUGGGCCGCGGCGAGGCUGGGGGCGGGAUCGUGCCGAGCGAGCCAUGCAGACCGAGCCGGCUGCCGAAGGGCUGCCAGAGACGCGGCGCACGGUGCGGCCCCCGGAGCUGCUGCGGGACACGGCCAUCCGGGGCCAGGCCACUCGUGAGCUUCCUGGCACUUUCCCGCGCCGAACCUUCACCCACUCACCCAAGACAGCAUUGCUGCUGGCGCUGAGCCGGCCCCGGCAGCCCAUCACACGCUCCCAGAGUGACCUCACUGUUGCUGAGGAGAAGCGGAAGAAGGAGAAGCCAGAGGGACAAGGAGCGCGGGGGGCAUCCCCAGGGCUGCACCGCUCCAAGACCCUUGUCAACCUCUUCUUCAAGGGGGGCCGUGCCACCAGCCAGAGCUGGGCCCCACCUAGCCAGGAGCUCCCCACUCCCGAACGCCGGGCACGCACCAAGUCCCCAGGACGCCUCGAUGGGGACAGAGUAGGUGCUGUGCAGAAGUUUGUCAUCCGGAGCCUGAGGCGGGAGAAAAGCCGGCGUGCCAGUAUCCUGGGCCCUGCGAGCAUCACUGCCCUGCAGCCCAAUGGCAGCGAUCCCGAGGCCCGGUUCCCACACAUCCAGGACACCGCUGCACGCCUCCUCAGCCCCGAUGAGGUGACAGCUGUGCUUCGCCACUGCUCCAGGUACCUGCAUGAUGGCAGCGUGGAGGAUUUAGUGCGGCCAUUGCUGGCCAUCCUGGACCGGCCAGAGAAGGUCAUGCUGCUGAGGGAUGUGAGGAGUGUGGUGGCCCCCACAGACCUGGGCCGAUUUGACAGCAUGGUGAUGCCCUUGGAGCUGGAAGCUUUUGAUGCCCUAAAGAGCCGCUCAGUACGCUCACCUGCUCUCCGCCCAGCCCAUCAUGAUGUCACCCCCAAGAGACACCUCAUCACACCAGUGCCUGACUAUCGGGGCGGGUUCCUGCUGAAGCCGGCUGGGGCCCCAGAGCCGGAAGAAGCCGGGGGGCUGCAGGCAAGUCCGGCCCGGCCGCGGGCCUCCCCCAGUCCCCGCCGGCUUCACCCCCGCACCUAUACCCCGCUCCCUGAUGUGCCAGUGGAUGCCUAUGCCUGCACCAGCCGCCCCCCACCCGCGACCAGCCCGAAAUCCCCCAACUGGCUGCUGACCAAGCCCCUCCCGGGGGAGGGGCAUGGGCACCGAGGCAGCACCUGGCGCAAGGAGCUCCCCGAGACAGCAUCCACCGAAGUUCUGGGGAAGCCCCGGCGGGCACGGUCUCCCCUUGCACCUCUCCUUGGGGGGCCGGGAGGUGAGGCAAGGGCUGGGGCAGCCAUCAAUGGCCCUGAAGAUGCUGGCAGGGAGGAAGAGGAGGAGGAAUAUCGGCUGCUCACCGUCACCCUCUCCAAACUGAAGCACUCGCUGGGGAUCAGCAUCUCUGGUGGUAUCGAGUCAAGGGCACAGCCAGUGGUGAAGAUCGAGAAGAUCUUCCCUGGAGGAGCUGCCUUCCUCAGUGGCAUCCUCAAGGCUGGGCAGGAGCUGGUGUCUGUCGAUGGGGAGAGCCUGCAGAAUGUCACCCACCAGCGGGCGGUGGACAUCAUCCGCCAGGCCUACCGCAAUAAAGCCAAGGAGCCCAUGGAACUGGUGGUGCGGGUGCCUGGAGCCCCUCUGGAGUGA